GGAAGUGUCGCAGCCUCCCGGAAGUGCCAGAGCGGCUGACGGAGCCGGGCUCGCUGGGGCGCCGCCGCCGCUGCGGGGUUGCGGUGCUGGGGCUGGGUGGCGGCCGGGGGCCCGGGUAGGGUCCUGCGGGGGUCGCAGGGGCUGGGCGGCGGAAUGAUGGAGGAGGAGGAGCUGGAGUUUGUGGAGGAACUGGAAGCGGUACUGCAGCUCACGCCCGAGGUGCAGCUGGCCAUCGAGCAGGUAUUUCCAAGCCAGGACCCUCUAGAUCGAGCAGAUUUCAAUGCUGUCGAGUAUAUCAAUACCCUGUUCCCAACAGAGCAAUCUCUGGCAAACAUAGACGAAGUCGUGAACAAAAUUAGGCUGAAAAUAAGGAGACUGGAUGACAAUAUUCGAACUGUUGUAAGAGGUCAGACGAACGUGGGGCAGGAUGGACGGCAAGCACUUGAAGAGGCUCAGAAAGCUAUCCAGCAACUCUUUGGCAAAAUCAAAGAUAUCAAAGACAAAGCUGAAAAAUCAGAGCAAAUGGUGAAAGAAAUCACCCGUGAUAUUAAACAGUUAGAUCACGCGAAACGCCACCUGACCACCUCGAUCACAACACUGAACCACUUGCACAUGUUGGCAGGAGGCGUCGAUUCCCUCGAAGCCAUGACCAGGCGAAGACAAUAUGGAGAAGUUGCUAAUCUCCUUCAGGGUGUAAUGAAUGUCCUGGAGCACUUCCACAAGUACAUGGGGAUUCCACAGAUCCGGCAGCUUUCUGAAAGAGUGAAGGCCGCGCAGACUGAGUUAGGACAGCAAAUCCUGGCCGAUUUUGAAGAAGCAUUUCCUUCCCAGGGCACUAAGAGACCGGGAGGACCCAGCAAUGUUCUACGAGAUGCGUGUCUGGUUGCUAAUAUUCUAGACCCCAGAAUCAAGCAGGAGAUCAUGAAAAAGUUUAUUAAACAGCAUCUGUCAGAGUAUCUAGUACUUUUUCAGGAAAACCAAGAUGUUGCCUGGCUGGACAAGAUCGACAGACGCUACGCCUGGAUAAAACGCCAGCUUGUGGACUAUGAGGAGAAAUACGGCCGCAUGUUUCCACGUGAGUGGUACAUGGCUGAGAGGAUUGCAGUAGAAUUUUGCCAUGUGACAAGGACAGAACUUGCCAAGAUUAUGCGGACCAGAGCGAAGGAGAUUGAAGUGAAGUUGCUUCUUUUUGCUAUUCAGAGAACAACUAACUUUGAGGGGUUUCUUGCAAAACGCUUCUCCGGCUGCACCCUGACAGAUGGGACCCUGAAAAAGCUUGAGUCUCCACCCACUUCUACCAAUCCCUUCCUGGAAGAUGAGCCAACACCAGAGAUGGAGGAACUGGCAACGGAGAGGGGAGAUUUAGAUCAACCAAAGAAGCCCAAAGCCCCGGACAAUCCAUUUCAUGGCAUCGUCUCCAAGUGCUUCGAGCCUCAUCUCUACGUGUACAUCGAAUCCCAGGACAAGAACCUCGGAGAGCUGAUAGAUCGGUUUGUGGCUGAUUUCAAAGCCCAGGGGCCUCCUAAGCCCAACACUGAUGAAGGGGGUGCUGUGCUCCCCAGCUGUGCUGACCUCUUUGUCUACUACAAGAAGUGCAUGGUGCAGUGCUCCCAGCUCAGCACUGGGGAACCAAUGAUCGCCCUGACCACCAUUUUCCAGAAGUACCUCCGAGAAUAUGCCUGGAAAAUCCUCUCUGGCAACCUGCCCAAAACCACAACCAGCAGCGGAGGGCUGACCAUCAGCAGCCUCCUCAAGGAAAAGGAGGGCUCAGAAGUGGCCAAGUUCACUGUGGAGGAGCUCUGCCUCAUAUGCAGCAUCCUGAGCACAGCAGAGUAUUGUCUGGCCACCACUCAGCAGCUAGAAGAAAAACUCAAAGAAAAAGUGGAUAUAAGUCUGAUUGAGCGAAUCAAUCUGACUGGAGAGAUGGACACAUUUAGCACCGUCAUCUCCAGUAGUAUUCAGCUGCUGGUUCAGGAUCUGGAUGCUGCCUGUGAUCCUGCCCUGACCGCCAUGAGCAAGAUGCAGUGGCAGAAUGUGGAACAUGUCGGUGACCAGAGCCCCUACGUCACCUCUGUCAUCCUUCACAUCAAGCAGAACGUGCCCAUCAUCCGUGACAACCUGGCUUCCACACGGAAGUACUUCACUCAGUUCUGCAUCAAAUUUGCAAACUCCUUCAUUCCCAAAUUCAUCACCCACCUCUUCAAGUGCAAGCCGAUUAGCAUGGUGGGAGCGGAACAGGUGGUGAUGGCCCCUCAUGAACCGCUGGUGGUGUUCGUCGACAACUACAUCAAACUCCUCACAGACUGCAACACGGAAACCUUCCAGAAGAUCCUGGACAUGAAGGGGCUGAAGAGGAGCGAGCAGAGCAGCAUGCUGGAACUCCUGCGCCAGCGGCUCCCUGCGCCGCCCUCGGGGACAGAAAGCGCCAGCUCCCUGUCCCUUAUGGCGCCAACGCCAGAGCAGGAAUCGUCUCGCAUCCGCAAACUCGAGAAACUCAUUAAAAAGAGACUGUAGCACAGGGCACUUUGCUCCUGGCCAGCCCCUUAGCACCACGUUCCCUGGAAGCCCCUGACGUCUCCUGUGCUCCCUGGGACACUCGUAUCCUCAGUCUCCAGGCUUUCUGGGACAUCUGGGUUGUUACUGAGUCUCUCCCAUGCCCUGUCUUACUUCCUGCCCUCAUCGGAGAUGCUGAGUAAGGGCUGGGUUCUGAGAAGGCCAUUUAGAUGAUCUCUGGUUUCUGAAGCAGAGGCAGCAGCAGGGGAAGGUCCCUGGGGUUCACUUGCCGUCCCUGAGCUGCCCCUGACUAGCAGAAUUGCCGUUGACUCAUGUAGCGUCAGCAGGGCUGUCAUACCCUCUGACACUGGAUCCACCAUGCACCUCCCCAUCCAGGCAACUUGAAUGAGGAAGCCGGGAUCUCACCCCUCCCUCCUUUCCUCUCUCCCUCCCUCCCCGCUCCUCCUCUCCCU